CUUUUUACGCUCUUUACUUUUCACUUUCUUAAUUUUUUAUUCAUGUGAUUUCUACGAUCAAACGCUAUUCACCCCCCCCCUCUAGCGUUGGUCACUUAUUCUAACAAUUGGUAUCAGAGCCUAACUCGCGUCCAAACUUAACUGUUUGAGAGUAAAAGCGUUGAUCAUGGGUUUUUCUUCUAGAAAUUUGUAUGCAAGAAUAGGUGAAGGGCAAUCAACCACACGGCCACCUCUUUUUGAUGGAACCAAUUAUACAUAUUGGAAAGAACGAAUGAGAAUCUAUAUUCGUUCCACCAACUUCCAAUUAUGGUUGGUUAUCAAAAACGGGGAAGAGGUGCCGAUGAAGAAAGUUGGCGACAAGUUGAUCCCCAAGACCGAAGACGAGUUUGAUGCCGAGGACAUCAAAAAGGUCGAGAAUUAUGCAAAGGCAAUAAACAUGCUUUAUUGUGCCGUAAAUCCUGAUGACUACCGCAAGAUCUCCUACUGCUCAACCGGCAAGGAGAUGUGGGAUAAACUUGAGGUGACGUACGAAGGAACGGACCAAGUACGUGAAGCCAAGAUCGACUUCCUCACCCAAGAGUAUGAGAUGUUUAGGAUGAAGGAGCACGAGAAGAUCGACGACAUGUUCGACCGAUUUUCCAAGAUAGUCAACGAUCUUCAUGCAUUGAAGAAGACUUACACUGACAGAGAUCUUGUACGAAAGAUCCUACGGAGCUUGACAUCCGAAUGGCGAUCCAAGGCCGAUGCCAUCUAUGAGUCAAUCGGCACAUCAAAUGUCACCAUCGACGGUUUAAGAGGAAGAAAGAAAAGGUUGAGGAUGGCCCUGUGUGCUAUGGAUGUGGUGAAGCCGGGCACAUCAAGAACAAAUGCCCAAGAAACGGAAGGAAUGCUCGUCACUUCAAAAAGCAAAGAGCAUACAUCUCUUGGGGUGGAGACUCCGGCGAUGAAUCAAGCGAACAAGAGGAAGAAGAGGAAGCAAAUCUUUGUCUCAUAGCUCAAGAAGAAGAGGAGUCCGCCAACAACGAAAACCAAGAGGUACAUAUUUUUUCUACCGGUUCUUAUUCUCUUGAAGAAAUGCAAGAAGCUCUCCAAGAGCUUUAUGACGAGUUUGUUAGCGCUUUUAAAACCAACAAAGCUUUAAAGAAACGUUUUUCUAAUCU